CCUUCUCCUCCCCGUCAACCCGUUUGUUGUCAGAUAAGCCUAGCGAUACGGAACUCACUGAUCUGGUUGUUUGAUAUUGCAUCCACUUUCUGUUUGCUAUCUUGCCAGUCGCCCUCUGUUGUUCAAACAAGUUCAAACAACCCCAGCAGCAUAUACCAGUCAACCCUUGACUUCCACGAUGCGGGCCAUUCAAGUCUCCGAAUAUGUAAUGGGACCCCUGGAUCUCAAAGUUGUUACACUUCCCACUCCUUCGCCGUCCACGACGGACUACCUGAUUGAGAUUCACUCGGCGGGUACCAAUUUCUUUGAUUUGCUACAGAUUCAAGGCAAAUACCAACAUCAGCCUCCGUUGCCUUGGAUUGGGGGUGCAGAAUUCGCGGGCACCGUUCUGGCCAUGCCCACUUCUCCUAGAACGCCGCCGCGGUUUGCCGUUGGCGAUCGAGUCUUUGGCGCGACGCAGGGUGCCUACGCCACUCAUGUUCUUGCCCCUGAACAGACUUUGCUACCUGUCCCAGCUGGCUGGGGCUUCGAGGAUGCCGCGGGUCUCUUCGUCACAGCUCCCACAUCAUACGGGGGUCUCGUCCAUCGAGCGAACGUCCAGGCAGGCGAGUGGGUGCUGGUGCAUGCGGCCGCAGGUGGUGUUGGUCUGGCCGCCGUGCAGAUUGCCAAAGCCAAGGGGGCGACGGUGAUUGCGACCGCAGGGACCGAGCGGAAGCGGCAGGUCGCGCGCCAAUUCGGCGCGGACCAUGUCAUUGAUUAUCGGGAUAAGAGCUGGCCAGACCAGGUCAAACAACUGUGCGCGCAAUAUCGCACGGGAAACGGCAAGGCGGGCGUCGAUAUCGUCUAUGAUCCUGUGGGACUGAUCGAGGCAAGCCUCAAGUGUGUCGCGUGGAAUGCGCGCUUGCUGGUUAUUGGGUUUGCAGCGGGGAAGAUCGAGAAAGUCGCUCUGAACCGAGUGCUUCUCAAGAAUGUCAGUCUGCUUGGAUUGCAUUGGGGCCAAUAUGCCCGGUUCGAGAAGGAGACGGUCAAGUCUGUGUGGGCAGGCAUCUUCGACCUCGUCGCACAAGGGAAGUUCAAGGGCACUGCCUUCAAAGAUGAGAGUUUCGUGGGUUUGGAGAGUGUUCCCCGGGCCUUACAGGCGCUAGGUGGGAGAGAGACCUGGGGAAAGGUUGUGGUGAAAAUCGUCGAGGCCGAAACAGGCAAAAGUAAGCUUUGAGCGCGGUGAACAAUGAGCCCGUCCGAUAUCCAGUCACUUUGGACUUACAAACCAACUUACUAUACAAGAGCGGAAUUGGGCCGUGCAUAUUUAAACAAACUAG